AAAUAAAUACAGGCUGACACGAUCUGAUAAGUUGGCCGAGGCUGAGCGUGAGUAUGAAAUGCUCAAGGCUGAAGGGGAAGAAACAUCAAGAAGAUUUGAUACGAUAGUGAGGCUUAUGAACGAAGAGAUCAUCCGAUUUCAAGAACAGAAGACAUUGGAUAUGGGUCUUGCUUUCCAUGAAUUUGCUAAGGGACAGGCACGGUUAGCAAAUGGCAUAGCAGAUGGAUGGCGAAGUCUUCUUCCCAAGCUCGAAGCUUGCUCUUCAUAAUAGUUUCACAACAAAAUGCGACAAACAUCAGCACAAUCUGCUCUCAACAUGAGGGCGUAAAUGGAAAUUGUUGCGUUGGGUUUGCGAAAGGGUCUUUGAGAAUUGUUAUUGUUGCUGCAGCUUGGUGGUUGUAUGAAUUUGGUUUAGAUACUUGUGUAACUUGUACAGCAGCGAAGAGAAAAUUGAAAAUAGCUUAGAAUUAAUUUGGGUCAAUGUGAUAGACGAAGUUCCAAACACUAAAUAAACUUGUUUACUCCAUAAUUCUAUUCUUCUUUCUCUUAAUCCCAA